GCACUGCGCCCGCAGCCCUGGACCAUUUGUCAGGACUACUCGUGAGACGGAGAAAAAAAAAAGAGAAAAUUUGGGGGAGAAAUCUUGAGAGUGGACAGCGAUUGUAAAGACCGGCCAGAUAGUUCUGUGUUUCAUCACUGCUGAAAGGUUAAAAAAUAAAUCAUGACUGAAUCUGCCUCUAGCACAAGUGGUCAAGAGUUUGAUGUAUUCAGUGUUAUGGACUGGAAAGAUGGAGUGGGCACAUUACCAGGAAGUGACUUAAAGUUUCGGGUCAAUGAGUUUGGAGCCCUGGAAGUUAUUACAGAUGAGAAUGAGAUGGAAAAUGUUAAAAAAGCAACAGCCACCACCACUUGGAUGGUACCAACUGCUCAAGAAGCCUACACAGGUGAUUUAGCCAAAAGCCUGCCACUUUUUUUCUCAUCUACUCCGAUGGUUGUAACUAACACCUAUAUGCUGAUGACUCCUAAAUCUACAUCUCCAGCCCCGACCUCUCCCCCGAGCUCCAGGCCCGUAUUUCCACCUGCCUACUGGACAUCUCCACCUGGAUGUCCCACAGUCUUUUCAGAGAAGACUGGGAUGCCUUUCAGGUUGAAGGAUCCAGUGAAAGUAGAAGGGCUUCAGUUCUGUGAGAACUGUUGUCAGUAUGGCAACGUAGAUGAGUGUCUUUCUGGAGGAAACUAUUGCAGCCAGAAUUGUGCUCGGCACAUCAAAGAUAAAGAUCAGAAGGAAGAAAAAGACAUAGAAGAAGACAAUGAGGAAGAAGAUCCUAAGUGUAGUCGGAAGAAAAAACCAAAAUUAUCUCUGAAAGCUGAUGCCAAGGAGGAUGGAGAAGAGAGAGAGGACGAAAUGGAGAACAAACAAGAUGUAAGAAUCCUGAGGGGUUCUCAGAGAGCACGAAGGAAAAGACGAGGGGAUUCGGCUGUAUUAAAGCAGGGUUUGCCUCCUAAAGGAAAGAAAUCAUGGUGCUGGGCAUCCUACCUGGAAGAGGAGAAAGCUGUGGCAGUGCCGGCGAAGCUGUUCAAGGAGUAUCAAUCCUUUCCAUAUAACAAAAAUGGAUUCAAAGUUGGCAUGAAAUUAGAAGGCGUGGACCCUGAGCAUCAGUCUGUGUACUGUGUCCUCACUGUGGCGGAGGUUUGUGGAUACCGGAUAAAACUUCACUUUGAUGGGUAUUCUGAUUGCUAUGACUUCUGGGUGAAUGCAGACGCUCUGGAUAUUCACCCGGUUGGGUGGUGUGAGAAAACUGGCCACAAACUCCAUCCUCCAAAAGGUUAUAAAGAAGAAGAAUUUAACUGGCAGACCUAUCUUAAGACAUGUAAAGCUCAAGCUGCUCCUAAGUCAUUAUUUGAAAAUCAGAAUAUAACAGUGAUCCCAUCGGGCUUUCGAGUUGGUAUGAAGCUUGAGGCAGUAGACAAAAAGAAUCCCACAUUCAUCUGUGUUGCUACGGUAACAGAUAUGGUGGACAAUCGUUUCCUGGUACAUUUUGACAACUGGGAUGAAAGCUAUGACUAUUGGUGUGAAGCAUCAAGUCCACAUAUUCAUCCAGUUGGUUGGUGUAAAGAACAUAGAAGAACCCUUAUUACUCCUCCAGGUUAUCCAAAUGUGAAACAUUUUUCUUGGGAUAAAUACUUAGAAGAAACCAAUUCUUUACCUGCCCCUGCAAGAGCUUUCAAAGUGAAACCUCCACAUGGAUUCCAGAAAAAAAUGAAGCUUGAGGUUGUAGACAAAAGGAACCCCGUGUUUAUUAGAGUAGCAACGGUGGCAGACACAGAUGAUCACCGGAUAAAAGUUCACUUUGAUGGCUGGAACAAUUGCUAUGAUUACUGGAUAGAUGCAGAUUCUCCUGAUAUUCAUCCUGUAGGCUGGUGUUCAAAAACAGGACAUCCCCUUCAGCCUCCUUUGAGCCCCUUGGAAUUAAUGGAAGCUUCAGAACACGGUGGCUGCUCAACCCCAGGAUGUAAAGGGAUUGGCCAUUUUAAGAGAGCGAGACAUCUGGGCCCUCACAGCGCUGCCAACUGUCCCUACUCAGAAGUCAAUUUGAAUAAAGACCGUAUUUUUCCAGACCGCUUAAGUGGUGAGAUGCCUCCGGCUAGUCCAUCAUUUCCAAGAAAUAAAAGGACAGACUCAAAUGAAAACUCUUCAUCCCCUGAAAUCAGAGACCAGCAUGCCGAUGAUGUCAAAGAAGACUUUGAAGAGAGAACAGAAAGCGAAGUGAGACCAUCACAUGAAGCCAGAGGUACCCGGGAGGAACCCACCAUCCAGCAGGCACAGCGUCGGUCGGCUGUCUUUCUGUCCUUUAAGUCCCCAAUUCCAUGUCUGCCCUUGCGCUGGGAGCAGCAAAGCAAACUUCUUCCAACUGUUGCUGGAAUCCCUGCCAGUAAAGUUUCCAAAUGGAGCACAGAUGAGGUGUCAGAAUUUAUACAGAGCUUACCUGGGUGUGAAGAACAUGGAAAGGUAUUUAAAGAUGAACAAAUUGAUGGAGAAGCAUUUCUACUUAUGACUCAAACAGACAUUGUUAAAAUUAUGAGCAUUAAACUGGGCCCUGCUCUGAAAAUUUUCAAUUCCAUCCUGAUGUUCAAAGCUGCAGAGAAGAAUUCUCACAAUGAACUUUGAAGAUGGUGAAUUCUGAAUACCAUCAGCAUUCUGCUUUCAAGCUCAUGUUUUAUUCAAAGCACAAGGACGUUUAUAACUCCUAAGUGAGAAGUCUCCAAAACUCAAAAGAGCAACACUAUCGGAUUAUUUAUAUUCCUCAAGAGACAAUAUAUAUGAAUUCUUAUGAAAGUGCUUGAGCUUUUAACCAGGUACUGUCUAACAACAGUCAUCUUUUGGUUCUGUUCACUGAGCUAAAUUUAUCUUUGUAAAUCUUUUUGAGGCUGGGUGGGGGGGUGGGGGAAAAAGGGGACUUCAUUAAUUAUUUAUGGUAAUGGGGGGGCAGAGUAAGAACUUUUGGCAUUUUGUAAACAUUGUUGAAUUCUCUUUCAUGUACACUGUUUCUUUUUCAAUACUUUCAGAAACCUUUUUAUAUAAUCAAAUUUCAAUUUAAACCAAAUUAGUCAAAACCUGGCUAAGUUUAGCCAGUAGGGCUGUUAUCUGUAUCGUUAAUUUUGUGCCAUAUUUUGAAUUGCAACAUUAUGCUAAGUAUAACUUUGCAAGUCAUGAUAUUGCCUAACUGCUUGUCAUAAUUGUCAGGGCUGAAUAGUUGUAAGAAUGACUUUUCUUUGAAUCAGUGUUUUUACUUUUGCACGCAUUAUGAAAUGUUAAACAAAUUACUUUUCACCAGCAUCUUUACUAUAAUUACCAAAAACAUGUAUAUAGCAUUAAGAUUAUUUUAGAAUUGAAAAAUAAAGCAUAUAAACAUAAAUAAAUUAGGUAGUGUAUUUGAGUGGCAUCAGUCUCACGAAUCUUGGUGCCCCGGAGUUUACAAGAGCCAGAUGGUAUCAGAGGAGUAUGCAGUUGUAUGCAGUUAUGUUUGGGGGGAUGUUUGUGCGGGUCUUGAACUAUUUAUGAGAUGAUCUUGAGCUUCUAAUUGUCAUUGAUGAAAUUGUGAUGCUUUACAGAGACCAAGAGCUCAUUCUGUCAACAGAAACACUAAUCUGUAAAGAGCGCUGUCUCAGGUCAUGCUUUGUCCUCCAAACCCAAAGGUUUUUUUCAGGGUUGGCUGAAGGGCGAGUGUCUCAAGUGUCUCGAUUUUACUGAAAAGACAAGAUGUGAAGGAGCAACUCCAGUUGACACAAAAUUUGAAAUGCUUACAGAUCAGGGAGGUGAUUUCCCAAAGUAAUUAUCCAAGAACCUCCAUUUUGGAAGGAUUUCUUUUUCUGUAGAAUACUUUGCCUCGAUGUAUAAGCAUACAGAUGCACUUUAAAUGAAAACCCUUGAUUAUAAAUUGAUAGCUGGUAGUGUUUCUUUUGCAAGAAUGCAUUUCUAAGGCAAAAGGUAAAUUAUUUUGUCAGUCUUUUGAUGUACUUUCUGAUUCCAGGAAUGGAUAUUUAUUCAAGGACUAUUUUAAAAAUAGAAAGUAAGUUUGUAGCAUGCUAUCUGAAUUCUGGGGAAAGCACCACCUCUUCUUUAGUUGCUUUCAGUUUUUUCUGAUGUAGGACUUCCUUUGAUGUUCCUGUUGGAAGUCCAUGAGCAGUCCUUCACAUUUGUCAAUUCAAGGUUAAACAGGGUCAGUGACAUCUGCAGUGUCCCAGUCAUUUAUUUGCAUGAAUCUGCUUAAAUAAAGUUUUUGGUUGUUGUUGUUUUUCCUUUUUUAUGUUUUGUUCAGAAUUUGUACAUUCAAGUUGUACUUGUUAUAUCUGAUAUGAAUGAAAUAAAAUCUUAAUUGCA